GCAAAAGAGGAGGGACCAGACACACAUUCACUCUUAAACACAAGUCGUAUCUGGGGGGAAUAUUCAGUCGAUUGUGCACAGCACCAAGUGGGGUAGGAAGGGAACUUUUUCCUGCAAGCACAAGAUGUUUCCCUGUUGUUUGGAUUUGUGAAGACACAGGUGGAAAACUUAUUUUCCCUCUUCGGUUAAUCAUUGGACACAAGGGAGAGAAUAAAGGAUUUUCUUUUAGAGAACUUUGGUUGGUGGUUGGACUCUGGGACUUGGAUUGGGAAACAACAAACUAAGAGACUGAAAUGGGAGGAUGGGCGCUGCGUCUCGCUGUGUGGAUCUCCGUUCUCAUGCUCGCUGUGACAGCCAGCCGUGCUAAUGAGGUGAACCACUGUACUGCUGCAAGGGCAAAAACCUGCUCAGAAUGUAUCCAGAUCGCCACAGGAUGUGCUUACUGCCCCGAUGAGAUCUUCGAGCAUGAGCGUUGUGACCUGAAGGAAAACUUGGAGGCCCGUAAAUGUAGUAGUCGGAUGGUAACAAUUAAGAGCAGCUGGAAAAUUGUAGAGAAUGUGCAAAUGAAUAAGUCACUAAAGUACUCUCAGGUGGCCCCUCAGCUAAUGAGCAUGACGCUUCUCCCCGGGGAGGAGAGGGAGGUGGAGAUGGAGGUGUUUGAACCAGCCCGUGGCCCUCUGGACCUCUACAUCCUCAUGGACUUCUCCAACUCUAUGUCUGAUGAUCUGGACAACCUGAAGAGGAUGGGAGACCAGCUGGCUGAGCUUGUUGGCAAACUCUCUGAUGAUUACACCAUUGGAUUUGGCAAGUUUGUGGACAAAGUCACCGAGCCUCAGACAGACAUGAGACCAGCUAAAUUAAAAGAGCCGUGGGCCAACAGCGACCCUCCGUUUUCAUUCCGUAACGUCAUUACUCUCACCAACAACAUAAACACCUUUAGACAGAAGCUCCAGCAAGAGCGCAUAUCUGGCAACCUGGAUGCCCCCGAGGGGGGUUUUGAUGCCAUAUUACAGGCUGCUGUCUGCCAGGAACAAAUUGGCUGGAGGAAACACAGCACCCACUUGCUGGUCUUCUCCACUGAAUCAGCUUUCCAUUAUGAGGCAGACGGUGCCAAUGUGCUCGCGGGCAUCUUGGAUCGUAAUGAUGAGCAAUGCCAUCUGACUUCAGAUGGAAAUUACACACAUGAUAUUCGUCAAGACUACCCAUCUAUACCCACCCUAGUGCGACUUCUGGUGAAACAUAACAUCAUUCCAAUCUUCGCCAUUACUAACCACUCCUAUUCAUACUACGAGAAACUCAAUGAAUACUUCCCUAUUGCUGAGCUGGGACAGUUACAAGAAGAUUCCUCCAACAUCUUGAGCAUUUUAAAAAAUGCUUUUGAAAAUAUUCGUUCCAAGAUCAGUAUCCGUGCAGAGGACAGACCAAAGGCGGUGGAAGCCAAGAUUCUCUCUCAGUCUGGCACUUUUUCUGAAUUUGGCAAUUUCAAAAUCACACCAGGUGAAAUUGGUAAAUUUAGAGUCCGUCUGAAGGCUCUUACUCAGGUGGGAGAGCAGCAUGUGUGUAAUGCCAACCAGGCUGACCGGGCUGGAACCUUAAGAGUCAAACCAACCACAUUUAGCUCCGCCUUCAGAAUCAACGCCGAAGUGCUCUGUCAUACAUGUGACUGCGAAAAGACUCCGGUUAAAAAUGCAGCGCGCUGCAACGGCCUAGGAGAUCUUGUCUGUGGGAAAUGCCAGUGUUCUGAUGGAUGGCUAGGCCCUUUCUGUAACUGUUCAGCAGGGGACUCCACAGACUCUAACAAGUGCAUCGAACCUGAGAAGACCGAGCCUUGCUCGGGCAGAGGAGACUGCAUGUGUGGGACCUGUGUGUGCUAUAACCCAAACCAGUUUGAAGGGCCCUUCUGCCAGUUUGACAAAUCUCAGUGCCAGAGAUUUGGUGGAUUUCUCUGUAAUGAACGUGGACGCUGUAGUAUGGGCAGAUGUGUUUGUACACCGGAAUGGACUGGAGAUGCCUGUGAAUGUCCCAUCAGCAACGAAUCAUGUCUGGACAGCAAAGGGGGCAUCUGUAAUGGCCGUGGUGUGUGUAAAUGUGGUCGUUGUGAGUGUGAACACUCCGGACUUCCACUGAGCCCCACUUGUGAAGCAAACUUCCAGCAACAAUUGGGUAUGUGUGAAGCCAAGAGGAGCUGCGUUCAGUGCCAGGCCUGGAGCACAGGAGAGAGAAAAGGACGGAAAUGUGAUGAGUGUCCCUUUAAAAUCAUCAGGGUGGAAGAGCUUGAAGACCAUAAAAACGUAAUAGAGACAUGCAGUUUCCGUGACGAAGAUGACGACUGCACAUAUCACUACACUGUGAAUUAUCCAUUAAACAUCACAGAUAAAGAACACCACGUCCUAGUAAAGAAAAAGAAAGACUGUCCACCUGCAGGUUUCCUGUGGUUGAUUCCUCUCAUUAUGUUUCUGAUGCUAUUGCUUGGUUUGCUUUUGCUCUGCUGCUGGAAAUACUGCACCUGCUGCCAGGCAUGUCUUGCUCUUCUCCCAUGCUGUGGCAGAGGUCGUAUGGUGGGAUUCAAAGAAGACCACUACAUGCUACGUCAGUCUUUGUCGACCACUGAUCAUUUGGACACCCCAAUGGUGCGCACCGGCCCACCCAAGAGCACAGACAUUGUGCGCUGGAAAGUGACGGACAAUGUUCAUCGAGGACCAAACCACCCACAGAACCAAAUCAAACCCAACCCCAAAGAGACCAUCCAGUACCCUAUCUCUCUUCGUCUGAACCGGCAAUAUUCAGAAGUUCUAUCCAAAGAGUCUCGGGACACAGACAUGCUCAGGCGAGAAGUAGAGGACAACCUCAAUGACGUGUUCCUGCAGAUCCCUGGCGCACAGAGAGUGCAAAAGACUCUGUUCAGGACACAAAGAAAUUCUGGAAAGAGACAGAACAACACGAUUGUAGACACGGUUUUAUCUGCCCCUCGUGCCAGUUACCCAGAUAUAGUGAAACUGACAGAUAAACAGGUUCAGGCUGGAAACUUCCGGGACCUGAAAGUGGUUCCAGGCUACUACACCGUAGCUACUGACAGAGAAGCGGCAGGUGCUGUGGAGUUUCAGGAGGGCGUGGAGUCAGUGGAUGUCCGGGUUCCCCUCUUUAUGAAAGAUGAGGAUGAUGAAAAGAAGGAGCUGCUUGUUCAAGCCGUUGACGUUCCAGUUGGAAUUGCGAAGAUCAGCAAAGAUCAUGUCAACAUCACUGUGAUUAAGGAACAUGCUAAGAGCAUCUUUACCUUCCUGCAGCCGUCAUACACCUACAGUCGUCAAGAGGGUGUAGCAAACAUCCCGAUCAGUCGUGAGAUCAUAGAGGAUGGACGGACACAGGUCACAUACUGCACCCGUGACCUCACUGCCAAAGACAAGAAGGACUAUAUCUCAGUUGAUGGAGACUUGAGUUAUGGACCAGGGGAAACACAGAAGACAGUCCCAGUGAAACUCUUGGAGCUUGGGGAGGGAGAUGGACUGCAAGAGGACAAACAAGUCAAACAGUUUGUGAUGGAUCUGAGCAACCCACGGCAAGGUGCUAAACUGGGCCGCUACCCACGCACCACUAUCACCAUCGCAGAUAAACCAGAACCCAGUGUUUUGAUGUUUAAGAAGAGUACUCAAACUUACAAUACAACUGACCCGCUCUACUCCAUCCCUGUGGUACGCACUCGAAACCAGGAGGGUCCGACCACUGUGUACUGGCGCACAAACAAAGCCUCACGCUUCGACCUCUCCAGUCCUCUCAAAUUUGUUCCUGGCGAGACGGAAAAGAACAUCGUCAUUGAUCCUCGUUUGUAUCCAUCUCCCAUUAUACCUGAGACCUUUCAACUGGAACUAUUCGACCCAAGCAACAAUGCAAUCAUUGGAGAGAAGAAAACCACGCUGGUGAACGUCAUCGAUGGUAGAGGGGGUGGGAAAAUGGAUUUCCAGAAAAUGGAAUAUGUGAAUCAGUCAGCCACAUCUCCUGGAGGACGGCUCUAUGCCCCAACCAACAUCAAAGCUGUUGCUUCUGGCCCUAAAAACAUCCGCCUGAACUGGAACCCCAGUGCAAAUGCCAGUGGUUACAAGGUGAAGUACUGGAUUUAUGGAGACCCUGAGGCUGAUGCUCAGGUGCUGGAUGUGAAGACUCCUCAAGCCGAGCUGACUAAUCUCUACCCAUACUGCGACUAUGAGAUGCGCAUAUGUGGCUACAAUGCACUCGGAGAGGGCAAUUACAGUGAUAUCAUUCAAUGCCAGACUCUAGAGGAUGUACCUGGUGAACCUGGUCGCCUGGCUUUCAAUGUCAUCAGCCCCACUGUCACUCAGGUCAGCUGGGCGGAGCCAGCAGAGACGAAUGGUGUCAUUACUUCAUAUGAAGUUAUCUACACACCCAUCAACGAGAACAAGAAGCCUAUAGGACCUUCUAAGAAGGUAAUGAUUGACAACCCCAAAAAGCGCAUGCUGCUCAUCGAGAACCUACAGCCUUCUCAGACCUACUGUUACAAAGUGCGCGCUCGCAAUAAGGUGGGCUGGGGCCCGUACAGAGAUGCCACAAUCAACCUGGCUACACAACCUACCAGACCCAUGUCAAUUCCCAUCAUUCCCGACAUUCCCAUUGUGGAUGCAGAAGCUGGAGAUGAAUAUGACAGCUAUCUGAUGUACAGUAAUGAAGUACUACGAUCCCCAACGGGUAGCCAGAGGCCUAGUGUCACAGAUCUGACUGAAGAUCAGUUUGUAAAUGGAAAGUGGGACCAGAAUUUCCUGUUCCCAGGAGGAAGCGGUUCCCUUUCCCGCAACGUCAGUUCCUCCUCAUCCACGUACAGCCAUUCCACACCCCGUCCCGGUGUAACAAAUAACAGCAGCACCACAACGUACAUUUCCGGCAAAGGAGGCUCAACGACACACGGAUAUGAUCUUAGGGAUGGCGGACUUCUCAAAGAGGAAGUGAUUCUGAGGAAGCGUUCUGAGAACAGGCAUUACACAGAUGGUGAUGGAGUGAGGGAUUCUAUCGUCAUGGGAAACCUGUCUGGUGGAAUUUUGGACAACUUGGGGGUCUCUAACUUCAGCCAGAGUACAACUACCAGCUACAGCUUGAGCUCCAGAGCUCGUACUCAGUCUGAAGAUAUCAACGAUGCACUGCAGAACCUGGAUAGUGUUCUUCAGGGAUCUCCAUUCACACUCAGCACUCCCAGCGCUCCAGGACCUUUGAUCUUCACAGCUUUGAGUCCAGACACACUGCAGCUGAGCUGGGAGAAACCCCGCAAACCCAAUGGGGACAUCCUGGGCUAUGUGGUUACCUGUGAACAGCUGCACGGUGGAGUAGUCACAAAUGUAAUAAUCAAAAACAAAUCCUGUUCUUUUCCUGCUCAGAACUCUGUGGUGGUUCAGGAUCUUCUGCCCAACCAUUCCUACAUCUUCAAAGUGAAGGCCCAGAGUCGAGAGGGCUGGAGUCCUGAGAGAGAGGGAGUCAUCACCAUUGAGUCUGCUGUCGACCCCAAGAGUCCACUGAGCCCAAUGCCAGGAUCUCCAUUCACACUCAGCACUCCCAGCGCUCCAGGACCUUUGAUCUUCACAGCUUUGAGUCCAGACACACUGCAGCUGAGCUGGGAGAAACCCCGCAAACCCAAUGGGGACAUCCUGGGCUAUGUGGUUACCUGUGAACAGCUGCACGGUGGAGGAGAUCUUCGCUCCUUCCAGGUGAAUGGCAAUGCUGCAACUUCUUUGACUGUGUCUGACCUGAAAGAAAACAUGCCGUACAAAUUCAAAGUUCAAGCCCAGACCACACAGGGCUUUGGACCGGAGCGAGAGGGCAUCAUCACCAUCGAAUCCCAAGAUGGAGGCUCCAUGUCACAGUAUAACAGUCAUUCAGUCACAAAGAGAGAGGUGUUCAACCUACCAACAGAGAUUACUUCACACACCAUGUUCUCAGAACCUUUCGUGUCUCCAGAAGGUAUGAUGAUGUCGUCGAGCAGACAGAUCACAGAGUCGGGCGGCACCAUCACGCGGCAGGUGGAGAUGGUGCAGAGAGGAGUGAUGUCCAGUAGCACCGUCACUAAGAAGGUGGAGAGACAGUACUUUGAGGCCUAAUCUAACUUCCUUUUGCUUUCAGCUGAAGUCACACGGCAGAGCAGCAGUAUAAACAUACGCUCUAGUCAAACUAGAAAAGUUCACAUACCAAUGUGCACAAUAUAUGGUGUUUAUGUGAGCAUGAGAACGGCUGAGUUCUUGGAUUCCUCGGAUUAUUGCUCAUAAAGACCAAAGUCUUCAAGCCUUGAUAUUUAGUUGAAUGUAAAGACUUAAAACCUUUUAGUGUUAUCUUAUCACUUCCAAAAAGGUAUUUGUUAAAACUUUUGGCCAUGUUUCAUGUAGUGUUUGCGAGAAAUGUUAUGGAUGUUUGUGGCAUUGUGGCAACGUUAUUAUGUUGCAUUCAUUUUGAUGAGGUUUGAAUUUGGCAGGUUUCAUAUCAUGAUGUUUAUAUUAUUGAUGUUGCUUUCAAAUUUCAAGAUGUAUCAAGUUUUUUGAGCAUGUAGGUUUUUUAAAUGCAUUUUCACAUCAAAUAUGCCAUGUCUCUUGAUUUAGAGUGUAUACUUCAACUCAUUAGUAUUUUUCCUCCUAAAUCAACUUUUUUUUACUUGUUAAGGGUUGCAUAAAAUGUUGCAACACAUGAGUGCACACAUAUGGACUCGAUUCUUAGGAUUGUAAAUAUGUUACUGAGGUUUGUUUUUUUUAUUGGCUGGUUGCAAGAUGUGCUGUUGUAACUUCAGGCCUGUGGCUGUAUUUCAGAUUACAUAUAAAGUCUGCCAGGUUUGUACACUACUGGCAAUAUGGAAAAGAUUACCAAUCUGACACCUAUGUAAUUACAUUUUUACUGCCUUCAAUAAUUUGUAUGGUACUUUUGUCUUGGGAACAAAUAUCUUUUUUUAGAGUUUUAUAUUAAAAUUGCAUUUCACCAUCAUAUUCAAGCCGUAGUAUGCAAAACGCCUCACUGCAUAUUAGUUCCCCUUACCAAUAAAUCAUCCUACCACAGUC